AUGAAGGCAGGGGAAUCAGAUGUUAUGGAGUGCUUAGAACUUGGUGAAGGAAAAGUGGAUUUUAAAAAGUUUGUUAAAACUCUGAUGAGUGAACGCUUGUUAGGCAAAAGAAAAUCAACAGAAGAAAGUCUUAAAAAAGUAGAAACAUUCAAGGGCAACAAGGUCCCAGUGAAUGAUUUAUGGGUCCCUCUGCACACAUUAGAUCCUGAUUUAACAGAAGAGAAAUUCCAACAGGCACUGAAGACAGUGCCAGUAGAUGAAAAUAAAAAUGUAGAUUUUGACAAGUUCUAUAAGGCUCUAGAAGAUACAAGACAACAAGCACAGGAAACAAUAGAACCAUCUGAGAGAAUCCUUGCCUUAAGUAUGAUCACAGAUGACAAGGUAGCUAAGAAGGACUUGGAUUAUGUCUUGAAGAACAUGGGGAUUGAUUUGCCUAAAGAACAGUUGGAAAAAUUACUUACAUCUACAGAUGAUGAUUCAGUGAAUAUCAAAGACUUUUUGUCAACUUUAAGGAGCAGUGACAGUUUCUCCAAUGUUGUUGGUAAGAGUUUUGUCAAAAUGAUUAUGGGAGGAUACCCAGCCCCUGAUUUAAAAGAGAUUCCAAAAUUUGCUGAUUCCAUAGCUUUGCAACUAGCCUCUUCUGGCCUAGAAAAUGUCCAAGAUGAUAUCAUUGAUUAUGAUGAACUCAAGAAUGCAUUGAAUGAACAGGGUCUUUAUGCAGCAAGUGAAGCGCUUACACAAAUGUUACCUGAGCUUGCCAUAGAGCAAGGCAAAAUAGAACCCUCUGAAUUUAUGGGCGUCUUAUCGAAAGUGCUGUCCAUUCCUGAACCUUCUGGGAACUCCCAGUGA